AUGGCACCUCCGGCCAAACGACGAAAAUUGCAUCAGGUCGAAGAAAUCACCUUUGACGUUGCCGCACGACAGGAAUACCUUACCGGCUUUCACAAGCGCAAGCAGCAGCGCAUCCAGAAUGCUCGCGAGUCAGCGGCAAAGCGAGACAAAGAGGAGAGAGUGAAGGAGAGACAACAGCUUCGCGCACAGCGACAGGAGGAUCUGGCGCAGCAUGUUGCCGAAGUCAAGGCGGUCCUGAAGAGGCAGAACCCCGAAGUCGAAUCUACGGAAGGCGCAAGUGAUGAGGAAGCGUCUGCCGAGUGGAAUGGCAUUGUGGACCAGGACGUGGCAGCGGACGAGGAGUACGUGGACGAAGACAAAUUUACCACGGUGACGGUGGAAGCAUUAGAUCUGACGCAUGCUGCGGAGGAGGAAGAGGAAGAGGAGAGGAGGAAGAUGCGCGCCCAGGAGGAAAGUGAGGCGGCUUCGCAACUGGCCGCGAAGAAGAAGAGACCGUGGGCCAAAGACCAGCCGAAGAAGAAGAAGUUUCGUUACGAAAGCAAAGGAGAGCGGCAAGCAGGUAGACAGAAGCAGAAAAUGAAGGACCGUGCGGCGAAAGAUCGUCGCAAGGGAACGUGA